AUGAAGAGUUUAAAAUACGAAGUGAAUACCUGGGCACAGCGUGGAGAUUCAGAAAAAAGUAGAAAUUUCGAGUCGGAAAGACCUUCGGCUGGGUGUCUGAAUGGUUUCGAAAUUCUGGGUUCUGAAGCAAAGUUCUUGAAGUUCUUGAUAGGAAUGAUGACUAGUUCAUCUUUUGCUGCCUCAAUAUCUGCUAAUAUUAAUUAUAUUCCUAUGCUUAAUGAAACCAAUUUUAAGGAUUGGAAAAGGAACUUACUUAUAGUUCUGGGAUGUAUGGAUUUAGACCAUGUAUUAAGGGAUGAACAACAUGCACCUCUCACUAAGGAAAGCACCCGUGAUGUGAAAGCGGAUUUUGAGAGGUGGGAUCGUUCAAAUCGCAUGAGUUUAAUGAUUAUGAAACAUAGCAUCCCAGAAGCUUUUUGGGGCACAAAAUCCGAAGGGAUUACUAAGGCCAAGAAUUUCCUUGAACAAAUUGAGGAACAUUUUGCUAAAAACGAUAAAGUUGAAAUGACAACACUUCUAGGUUCUUUGAUGACCAUGAAGUAUAAGGGUCAAGGAAAUGUAAGGGAGUACAUUAUGGAAAUGUAUCAUAUUGUCUCAAAGCUUAAGACACUUAAGAUUGAGCUUUUUGAUAAUGUGCUUGUGCUUAUGGUUUUGUUAACGCUUCCUGCACAGUUUAACCAAAUUAAAAUUAGCUACAACUGUCAAAAGGAGAAAUGGACUCUCAAUGAGCUCAUUUCUCACCGUGUGCAAGAGGAAGAAAGGUUAAAAAAGGACAAAACUAAAAGUGCUCACUUGGCCACUACCUCUAAGGAUAAGGGCAAGAAAAGGAAAUCAGAGAAUGAAGCUGCUAAGGGUCCAGCCUAA